GGAGGAGAUGCCGCAAUGAGAUGCCCACUUAGUAUUGGGCUGUGGAAGUCCUGUCUCAGCCGCUUCCAUUUUUUGAUCCCUACAGUACAAAGGACACAAAACAGAUUUCUUACGGAGCCGCUUGGAUCACAUUUACUGAGCGGAUACACCUUUCUUCAACAACAGCCUGGUCAGCCCUUAAGAAGAUAUCACUAUAAGGACUCUCGCUCGCUGUGGCAAAGUGAGAUAUUACAAAGUUACUUGAACUCCUUAAUCAAAGAGCACGAAGAACUAAAUGAAAUGCUAAGUCACGUUACAGUGCGAGACGAAGAUCGUAGGACUCUGGGGAAGAGACAUGCUGAACUGUCUGCGCUCACUUCUGUUCUUGAAGAUAUGCAAGCAGCAGAACGAGAAGCCAGAGAGCUGGAGUCUAUGUGUGCGGAUCUAGAAGGCAAGGAGAAGGAAGAGUUACUAGAACUUGCCCUCACAGAAAAGGAUGCAAUGAACCAGAACAUCGAUACAUUACGUGGAAAGCUCUUGCAGAUUCUAGUCCCGCGGGAAAAAUAUGACAUGAGUGAUGCAAUACUGGAAGUGACAUCUGGCAGAACCACCGGAGGUGACAUUUGCCAACAGUUCACCAAAGAGGUUUUUGAAAUGUAUCAAAAUUAUGCUUACUACAAAUCUUGGUGUUUUGAAAUUCUGAAUUACACACCAUCUGAGUACGGUGGGUUGCAUCAUGCAGCUGCACGGAUUUCAGGAGAUGGAGUGUAUAAGCUAUUAAAAUACGAGGGAGGCACUCACAGAGUGCAGAGGAUCCCCGAAGUGGGCCUGUCAUCCCGGAUGCAGAGGAUUCACACGGGGACCAUGGCUGUGAUCGUACUUCCGCAGCCAGACGAAAUAGACAUUAGAAUUGAUCCCAAGGACCUGCGAAUUGACACAUUCAGAGCCAAAGGAGCUGGGGGACAGCAUGUGAACACAACGGACAGUGCUGUGAGGGUCGUUCACAUACCUACAGGCAUUAUUGUGGAAUGUCAGCAAGAGAGAUCGCAGAUUAUAAACAAGGACAAAGCCUUGAGAAUGCUGCAAGCGAAAUUACAUGAACAGACAGUGGAGAAGGAACUGUCUCAGAGACAAAGUGCCAGAAAAUUACAGGUGGGAACCAGAGCCCAGUCUGAUAGAAUUCGCACUUAUAAUUUCACGCAGGACAGAGUGACUGAUCACAGAAUAUCCUAUGAAGCUCGGAAUAUCAAGGAAUUUCUGAGUGGAGAAAAGGUUUUGGAUGAUUUGAUAAACAAAUUACAGGAAUCUGCCGACACGGAAACCUUUCUUGAAGUUAUAGAAAAGUAUACCUUAAAGCUGGGCCGGUGAGAUCCACUUAAAUGCCAUUAAAGCCUAGAGGCCUUGUAAACAAUACAUCUCUGCCACGAUAGCCAUUGACCGACUCUCUGUACCUUGUUUUGUGAGCUCCGUUAAUCAGCAGCUAUGUGACAGGCCGGCGCUGGACAUCCAGCUGGAUUAAACCGAGUCUGAACCGAGCGUGGUGGCGUACUGUGCGGUAACUUAUUAUGAGGUCACUGGAAUAAACUGCGUCUCAGAUCCACCCAUAUAAAUUUAACAUAUUCUAUAGAAUAUUCAGGGCUAACUCAUCAUUUUGCCAAGUAAUGUGCGGUUUAUAAUUGCGUGCAUGGAUGAUUUGGCUCACGUUGAUUACAUUUUUUUUUGAUUUAUCAUGAUAAAUAUGUAUAUAAAUGUAAUAAAGAUGUUUUUCUA